GCGGGCGCGGGAGCGGCGGGGAAUGAGCGGGGAGCGCGCGCUGCGGCAGCUGCAGAAGGCGAAGGAGAAGCUGCGGCGCGGCGGCGGCGGCGGCGGCGCGGAGGAGGCGGCGCUGUGCAACCAGCUGGGAGAGCUCCUGGCCAGCCAUGGGCGCUACGCGGAGGCGCUGGAGGAGCACCGGCGCGAGCUGCGGCUGCUGGAGGCGGCGGGCGACGGGCUGGGCUGCGCCGUGGCGCACCGCAAGAUCGGCGAGCGCCUGGCCGAGCUGGGCAGCUACGAGGCGGCGCUGGAGCACCAGCGGCGGCACCUGGAGCUGGCGCGCGCCCUGGGGGACGCGGCGGAGCAGCAGCGCGCCUGGGCCACCAUCGGGCGCACGCACAUGUUCGUGGCCGAGAGCCGCGGCGGCGGCGGCGGCGGGGAGGAGGAGGAGGAGGAGGGGGAGGAGGUGACGGCGGCGCUGCGCGAGGCCGAGGGCGCCUUCCGCACCAGUUUGGCCAUCGUGGAGGAGAAACUGGAGGGAGCGGUGCCGCGCCGGGAGCUGGCGGCGAUGCGCACGCGGCUCUACCUCAACCUGGGGCUGGUGUACGACAGCCUGCGGGACGCGGGGCGCCGCGGGCGCUACCUGCAGCGCAGCGUCUUCGUGGCGGAGCGGGCGCGCCUGGACGAGGACCUGCAGCGCGCCUACUUCAACCUGGGCGCCAUCCACCUGCGGCAGGGCCAGCACCCCCAGGCCCUGCGCUGCCUCCAGCGCGCCCGCGACUGCGCCCGCCGCAUGCAGGACAAGGCGUUGGAGAGCGAGUGCUGCAGCAGCACGGCGCAGGUCCUGCUGAGCCUCGGAGACUUCGCGGCCGCCAAGCGCUCGCUGAGGACGGCGUACGCGCUGGGCUCGCGGCAGCCCCACCAGCGGCACCUCGUGCGCUCCAACCUGCGCUACGCCACCAAGGUGACGCGGCUGCAGGAGGCGCUGGAGGAGGCGGCGGGCGAGCCGGCGGCGGCGAUGGCGCUGUGCGAGCGGCUGGGGGACGUCUUCUCCAGGCACGGGGACUUCAGGAGGGCCCUGGAGCACUACCAGCGGCAGCUGAGCUACGCCGAGGCGCUGGGCCGCCCCGCGCCUGAGCUGGCCGCCAUCCACGUCUCGCUGGCCACCACCUUCGGCGACCUGCAGGAGCCCGCGCGCGCCGAGCACCACUACCGGCAGGAGCUGGCGCUGCACCGCGGCGACGCCCUGGAGGAGGGGAGGACGUGGCUGAGCAUUGCGCUGGCCAAGGAGGAGGCGGGCGAGCCCCGCGCCGAGCUGGAGGCCUGCCUGGGGACGGCGCUGGAGCGGGCGGAGGCGGCGGGCGAGCUGCGGCUGCAGCGUCAGGUCCUGCGGCACCUCCACGCGCUGCAGCAGCGGGCCGGCAGCGCCGAGGCCGCCGACACCAUGGCGAGGCUGCAGGGUCUGCCGGGGGGCGAGGAAGAGGAGGAGGAGGAAGAGCAGGAGAGCAGCGAGGCCCCUGAGGAGGAGAGCGACCUGGAGCUGUCGGAGAGCGAGGGGGAGGACGACGAGCUCGACGGCUACACCAAGAGCGUCCCCGGCCGCCGGCGCAUCUGCAAGUGGAACCGCCGCAACGACCGGGGCGAGACCCCGCUGCACCGCGCCUGCAUCGAGGGCGACCUGCGGCGGGUGCAGCUCUACCUUAAGCAGGGGCACCCCCUGAACCCCCGCGACUACUGCGGCUGGACCCCGCUGCACGAAGCCUGCAACCACGGGCACCUGGAGAUCGUGCGGCUGCUGCUGGACCGGGGGGCGGCCGUGGACGACGCGGGGGGGCCGGGCUGCGAGGGCAUCACCCCCCUGCACGACGCGCUGGGCUGCGGCCACUUCGAGGUGGCCGAGCUGCUGGUGCAGCGCGGGGCCUCGCUGGCCGCCCGGAACGCCAAGGGCCUGACGCCGCUGGGGACGCUGGAGGAGUGGAUUGGGCUCUACGGCAAGGAACUGGACCAGGAGACGUGGCAGCGGUGCCGGGCCAUGGAGCGCCUGCUCAAGGAGACGGCGGCGGCGGGCGGCGCGCCUGCCGCCCUCCGGGACUCACAGCUCUUCGACGCCGAGCUCUCGGAGCCCCUCAUCGCGGGCGGCGAGGACGCGGCGGGGGCGCAGCCGGAGCCGGGGGACCCCGACAUGUCCCCGGCCAUGUCCCCGCUGCGGCCGGCGCGGAAGCGGCCGCGGGGAGCGGAGGCAGCGGCGCCGGACCCGGCCGCCCCCGCCGGGGGCCAGGCUGAGUACGAAGCCGCCAUCCGCGGCCUGGGCAGUGCCAGGUCCCUCCCGGUCCCCAUCCUCGUCCCGUCCCCGUCCCCACGGCAUCCCCGCGGCCGGCGCUGAUCCCGGCCGAGGAGUACGUGGAGGACUGGCUGGAGGACGACCUGGCGGCGGCGGCGG